CGGGGUGCUACGGGAGGGAGGUGAAGGGAGACGGGGCCGGGUCGGCCGUGGCGCUCCGGGGGCUGCUCUCUGCGUCGGGCGGGGGUCGGUCCCCGGGCAGCCCUUCCCCGGAGCCGGGAGCAGGACCGGGAGCAGGCGCUUCAGGGCGCCCCGAGGCGAAGGCCCGGGUGUAGCGGCGCUUCCUGCCCGCCCGGGGAGGCCUCACCCCAGGCCCGGGGGACCCCAGGGCCGGAGCCCCGCUGGGCCCAGGAAGGAGUGACUGGGGAGGCCCAUCAGGCUAUGUCAGGAGCCCAGGCCCUCAGGAUAGGGCAGGUCCAUGGUCACACCAUGGAAAGUCAGCCCACGGUUGUUUGUCAAGAUCUGGGCCAGCGAGGGCAGCUGGGAUAAGACACAGCCCCGUGAUCAGCAGGCAGGGCCACGGUUCUUGGGGCGACAGCGUUGCUGAUGGAGACCGGCACUCCGGCAGCCCUGCUGCGGCUGGUCCUGGGCCGAGCUUAAACACACUCGGGGGAGCCCCAGGCUUGGCUGAUUGGGACCAUCAGGGCCCUGACAGCAGCCUACCCCCUCUGUCCUCACUCCCUAGAGAGAGCUCUAGACCAUUAACAAGACCCCUGGGACCUGCUCCAACUACGUGACUCUCCAAGGACAUCACCCUGUUUUGGGCAUGUUCUCAGAGCUGAAGUUCCCUGUGCCCUGGGGACAUGUGGCAGCCAAGGCCUGGGGACCCUCAGAGGGGCACCCUGUGCUGUGUUUGCAUGGCUGGUUGGACAAUGCCAACACCUUUGACAAGCUCAUUCCAUUGCUCCCCAGAGGUUGUUAUUAUGUGGCAAUGGAUUUUUCUGGCCAUGGUUUGUCAUCCCACCGACCCGCAGGCUGCCCCUACCAUUUCCUAGAUUAUGUGACGGAUGUGCGCCGGGUGGCAGCAGCCUUGCAGUGGAGACGGUUCACCCUGAUGGGUCACAGUAUGGGUGGGGCUGUGGCAGGAAUGUUCUGUUUCCUUUAUCCUGAGAUGGUGGACAAGCUGAUCCUGCUGGAAAGUCUUGGCUUUCUUCUAGCUCCAGAGGACACUGAGGAAUGGCUGAAAUCAAAACGGAAGGUGAUUGACGGACUACUGAGUCUGGAAGCAAAGCCGCAAACUCCCAAAGCACGGAGCCCCGAAGCAGCAUUGCAGAGGCUUUUAGAAGCAAACAGCCAUCUGACAGCGGAGGGUGGGGCAAUCCUGCUGCAGCGAGGAGCAACUGAGACACCCGCUGGCCUGGUGUAUAACAGAGACAUGAGAGCCCGUACGCAGAGUCGAGAGUUCUUCACAGUGGAGCAGUGUGUGAAGCUCCUGCAGAAGAUCCAGGACCGUGUUCUCAUCAUCAUAUCACAAGAUGGACUCUUGGUACCACACAACCUACCCAGCAGAAAUCACUUUGUGAAAGCUCUGCAGGAGGCAUUUGAGUCUGCCCUCAAAGAGCACAGCCCUCACAUGGGGUGGAGAGGGGUGAAAUGGGGGGAGGAAGACAACUUUGUCCUUGCUGCCUAAGUCCCAAGUAAGUACUGCCCUCUGGACCCAGCUCUUCCCUGGUUCUCCCAUCUCUAUCCUGCCUCACUUGCCCUGUCCCUUCCCACGAGUGUCAUAAAGCAAGCAGUGUGUGCCUGAGGGAACACUUUCCUGGUCCACAUCUUGUGUCCUUUCCCUCCAGCACAUCCAGUUAGCAGAAGUGCCUGGGAGUCAUUUUGUGCACCUGAACGAGCCCAAGAUGGUAUCUGGGAUCAUCAGCAACUUCCUGACAUCACAUAACACCAGGGCCAGACUUUAGGAAGCCCUCACAACUGCAGCAGUCCAGGAGAACUGGGAGCUAACAAGCAAGCUCCAGAUUUAUCAUCAUUCCUACCUCGGAUCCAACAUCAGAUUGUGAUAAUCUUUCCUAUGCUUAGCUCACUGCAGGGUGGAAGCAGGUCUGACAGGGGUUCUCUGAAGGAGAGCAGAGCAAAGUACCUCAUUUGCCAAAGGGAGAAGGAAUCCUUGCUCUACUUCCAGCUCUGUGAGUACAGGGAUAGAGGCCCGGAGUGGCCUUCCCCUUGGCUUACUCCAAACUUGCACCCUGAAAUGGAGCAAACACAGGCAGAGGCAUCCUCUGUGACAGCAGCAGCAGCUUUGGCACUGCAAGAGAGGUGACUCAUCUUGCCUCCUCCCUGUGGAUGGUGCAGACAGGCUGCUCCUAGGAUUUAACCUGCUGAAAAACAAGGAAAGUGUUCUGCUUCUCUUCUUACUUCCAUAGAUGCAUGAGCUCAGAGGGCCUCAGUGUCUCUGUUCUACUGUGAGAGCUACUUUUUUUUAAGAAUCAGCUUUAAUAAGAGCUCACCUGUGCAGAGAAGGCCAUUUUAAUGAACACUAGAGAAUGUCCCUAAUCCUCUAGCUGAAGCAGCUGGGAGAACUACAAAUUAUGGAAAAGUUGGCAGAGAUGAUUUCUGUCCUAAAUAAAGGUUAAUGUUCUAAUGUUAAGUCUGUCUUCUUGACACUACAGAAGAACAAACCUCCUUUCAGGCCAUUCACCCAAGCAGCUAAAAUGCAUCUUGGGAGGCAGCAAUUUUUACACACUGUGUGCCUUAGGUAAGCCAUACCAAGGAUCUGCCUCCCAGUUACAUUGAUGCAAACAGCUCACUGAAGCAGCCAGGCCUGUCAUCUCUGCAAGCAAUGCAAACUGUAUGUGCAGUUGGUUUUUUAGGAGAGGGUAAAUCCAUUUUAUCUCAACUCUCUGGAAUUUACCACCACUUCCGCCUUACAUUCACGGUCACAUCUCUAACGACGUUGUAGGUAGUAAAAUAAAAGUUUAAAAGCCUGGGGCUGGGUGGGUUACUUUGUUCACAGAGUUACCACUUACUUCCAGAGGUGCACAAAUGCUACAGGAGCAGUACAAAAGCACUGCCCCACACCUAAACAUGCCUGCUGCCAUCCUUACCUGCCUUCUGUGGGCUGGGGACAGGUUAAGUGGAAACAGGGCGUGGAGAGUCUAGUUUCUCUUUCCAAACCAGGUUGCUCAAAGUGGCAUUUGUUCUUGCAACAGUUCUGGGUAUCAGGAAUUUCCCAUGGCCUAGACAUAGCUGCAAACUCCAUGCACACAGCUGGAUGACUGGGCACCACAAUACUUGGCCAGGGAGGGAAUCACCAAGAUAAGGGGUAGAGCUCUGUACCAAACCACUGAUCUUUCCUUGUGACAACAGGUCGAAGUUAGUUUUUUCCUAAAGUUGC